AUGGCUGGGACUCGAUGGAGGUGCCCCGAAUGUCACGAAAUGCGGGCGCCCAAGACCUAUCGGCGACACCAAAAGUAUGGUUGCCCAUCUCUUCGGAGAAGGGCCUCGAAACUUCGCACCGCGGCCGAGGCAACACUCACCAGGCUACGACGACUUGGGUUGGUUGCCCGCUCCCCACCACCACAUUGCCCAUCGCCACACUUUAACCGACGACACCCUCCCAAUGUCCCGCCUCCCCCUGCAUUUUGCGAACUCCUUCAAUCACCUGCACUGCCCGUUGUUGAUCACGCAAUGGGAGAACCUGGGUUUGACCCCAACUUCCGAUUCGUCACCCCUGGGGCUGGCCCUGGGCCCUCCAGUCGAGAGCAGUCCCCUCGAUUUGCCCCAUACAACCCCGCUGAGGAGGAGGAGGAGGAGGAGGAGGAGGACCCACUGGCCGCCUUACCUUGGAUGCACGGCAUUGCGCCACACGACUACUACGAGUUAAUUGUACAGGAGGAGUUGUUACGCAAAGGGGGUUUACGGCUACCAGAUUACCACCGACUGACGGUCCAGGCAUUCAACUACAAGGUUGAUACCGACAUCAGUGGGCGCGCGUACAGCAAACUGCCGCGCGCUUUCCCCGACCACCUCGCCAACUUGCCCAUGGAACCCAAGCUUCAGAGGCAGAUAGACAAGAUAUCAGCCUUUGGUGCGAGGGCAAUCCACUGCUGCAUCAACUCAUGCAUCGCAUACACUGGUGUAUACCAGCGGCUUGAGUUGUGCCCAUGGUGUGGUGAAGCACGGUACACAGCACACCGCAAGAACCCUGUUCGCCGUGUCCCGCGGCGAACUUUCCACUACCUCCCCCUUAUCCCACGUCUGAUAAACCUUUUCCGCAGCCCUCCUAUGGCCGAGUUGCUCCAAUAUCGAUCGCGGCGGCGGCCCGAACCCAACACCCUCUCCGACAUCUUUGAUGGCCGCUAUUACCUUCAACUCCUUCAGGAGUUUGUAUAUUUGGGUGGUACACGACUGGGUCAUCGAUUCUUCUCAAGCAAUACCGACAUGACCCUUGGGCUCUCUACUGAUGGCGUAGGCCCCUUCAAGACGCGGAAGCAGCAAUGCUGGCCACUAAUCAUUAUCAAUUAUAACCUCCCACCCUCAAUUCGAACGCGUCUUGAGAACAUUUUGUGUCUUGGCGUGAUUCCCGGCCCACGGACCCCAAAGGAACUUGACACAUUCCUCGAGCCUUUCAUCGAUGAGCUUGAGGAACUUGCACGUGGAGUGCCAGCAUUUAAUGCAGCCAAUCGUCAUCCCUUUGUGCUCCGUGCCUACCUCAUUGCUGCGUUUGGUGAUAUGCCUGCAGUUGCCAAAAUGAUGGAGAUGAAAGGUCCCAAUGGCAAACUGCCCUGUCGAGCCUGUAAGAUUCGCGGCGUACGUGCCAGACAUGGGCCACACCCAAAUACAAACUACAUCCCCCUCUCACGACCAUUCGAUGACGAACCACAUGCCACCCGACGCUAUGAUCCGCAGAACCUCCCCCUUCGAACACACACUGAAUACCUUGAGGAAGCAAUGUGGGUGGAGGAGGCUCAAAAUGAUGCUGAAGAGGGUCGGCGGUCCUUACGAACAGGCAUCAAUGGACUUGCCCCCCUUGCACGGGUGCCCGGCCUCUCAUUCCCAGUCUCGUUUCCCCACGACUUUAUGCACUUAAUUUUUGAAAAUAUUAUUCCCACUCUCUUUGACUUGUGGACGCGAAGCGGAAACUUUGAGGCAUUUGGAUCAGGGACUGAAGAAUAUCUGCUGCACCCAGACGUAUGGACAACAAUUGCUGAGGCCUGCCCUCUAGCCGGCAACAACAUCCCAUACACGUUUGGCUGUCGCGUACCCGAUCCAAAGAAAAAGCGUGCUGAACUUACUGCCGAAGCUCGGUUACUACUUGCCACUAUGCUUGGUCCUGUGCUCCUGCGAGGCCGCUUUGUCCAUCAAAAGUAUUAUCGGCAUUUUAUUGAACUUGUCCGCCUCAUUAAUAUGUGUAUUGACUUUGAGAUCACACCCAACGACAUAGUUACCAUUCGUGAAGGAUUUGCAAAAUGGGUGAAAGACUACGAAAAAUACUACUACAUGAAUGAUCAAGCCCGCCUUUCUGCUUGUACCCUCCCACUCCACGCCCUCCUUCACAUUGCCAACGACAUUGAGGCCAUGGGUCCUGUCUGGGCAUACUGGGCCUUCCCAAUGGAGCGCUUUUGUGGUGCACUUACACGUGCAAGCAUGAGCCGCCGUUUCCCAUACUCUAGCAUCAACCGUCGUGUCCUCCAGCUUGCCCAGUUAUCACAAAUUAAGUUGGUAUAUGGGCUUACAGAAGAACUUGAGCUUGAUGAACGUCAGGAGAAUAUCAGGCAUGGAGUCCAGUAUGAUCACUACCCUGACCUUGUCUUUAUCAACCCAUCAAAAACACUCCCCCUUCAACGCUCGUUACAGCUCAAGAUUGCUAAAUACCUUGGCCCUGUAAUAGGUAUCCCUGUAGAAGACAUGUCCAAUGCACUAGCAAACCGGCCCUUGAAGGUGUGGGGUAGGAUGCAGCGACUGGACAAGUCACUGGCUGAGGCUGUUGUUGGUGGUGACGUUAUUCGGGGGGCUAUGGUUGUGCCCAGUAAUAAAACAAUGCGCGAUGCAUCACAUGUUUGGUUUCACUCAAAAAUGUCUCGUUGGCGCUGGGACCGGCCUCAUGCAGUUGAGUUCCCCAAUGAGAUACUCAGCUAUGGUCAAACCGGGAUGUUUGUUGUCAUUGAGGCUGACUUAAUUGCAAGCUUAAAUGUGCCAAACCCCUGUACCCAAGUUCUUGCUGUGAUUAUGGCUUUCCCUCACCUGCGGUACCAUAAUGAUGCUGACCUUGUGGAGUACCGGCUCUCAUCUGGCAACUAUGCUGGUGCUGAGGUUGUUGAUGCCACUAAAAUUGACUGUCUCAUUGGUCGUAUAACAACUGAGCACCAGGGCUCAUUUGUUGUUGAACGUACAUCUGUUGUUGGCCAAGUGGAUAUGCUUGAUGUGACGGUUGAGAUUGAUUGA